GGCGGCGUGCAUUACGUGAGGAAAGGAAGGGAAACGCGCCGAGUUUUUGUACAAUUUCUUCGCUGCUGGAAUGCAGGGAUGUGUGUUUUACUACCGCAAGUUGCAGUUCUUCGCCUUUUCCCAUUUCCUCGUUUUCUUUCUUCCUUCCUUCCAUUUUUCGUCGCUGACCGAGUAGGACGGACGCUACGUGACGCUUCAUGCAAAGGUUACUGAGACAGGACGCACUGCGGAGGUGCCGCCAGGUUUGUCUGAAAUUGUUCAGCCGGGCCUUUUUUUUCGUAAGAGCCAUUGUGGCAGUUGGAAAUGAAGAACAUGAAAUAUGUUUUUAUACAAGUGCUAUGUUUUAAACAGACGAGACGUUCAGCUGCAAAGAUCGCGAGUUUUUAAAUGUGACUGUCGGAUGAAUUAUUUCUUUCUCGAUUUUGAAAAAAAAGUAGCUUGAUGAGUGUCCAAAGUAACAGUGCAAGUGGUGGAAGUUUGGAGGGGGCGCCAUCUUGGUCCCAGCUCUCCACGUCCCCAACACCGGGCUCGGCUUCUCAGCAGAAUAACGCGGCACCUGUGAAAACCAAAGAAGGUGCCAUGGAUGAACUUCACAGCCUUGAUCCCAGAAGACAAGAACUGCUAGAAGCCAGAUUCACUGGGGGGGUGAGUGGAAGCACUGGAGGGAGCACUGGGAGUGGGAGUGUUGGUGCUAAGGCCUUGACAAACAACGAAUGUUCCAAUCACAGCUUUGGUAGUCUUGGAUCUUUAAGUGACAAAGAAUCAGAGACACCAGAAAAGAAGUCUGAGGCAUCAAGGGGAAGAAAACGUAAAGCAGAAAACCAGACAGAAAGCAACCAAGGAAAAGCUGCUGUUCGUGGACCUAAAAUUAGUGAUUACUUUGAUUUCCAAGGAGGAAAUGGCUCAAGUCCAGUACGAGGCAUGCCUCCUGUCAUUCGAUCUCCUCAGAAUUCCCAUUCACAUUCCACUCCCUCUUCAGCAGUACGACAAAAUAGCCCAUCUCCUACUAGCUUGUCUUUUGCGGACCAUAUGAUUGUAUAUCCAAAGCAGUCAUCCUUUAAAUGUGUUCAGACCGAUUUAACGAUUCUUAAAAUUGCUGCUCUUGAAAGUACUAAGAAUCUUGAUCUUGAGAAGAAGGAAGGACGAAUAGAUGAUUUACUUCGGGCAAACUGUGAUCUCAGGAGGCAAAUAGAUGAGCAACAAAGGUCUCUGGAGAAGUAUAAAGAGCGUCUUAAUAAAUGCAUCAUUAUGAGUAAGAAGUUGCUUAUGGAAAAGAGCACACAGGAGAAACAGGCUUGCAGAGAGAAAAGCAUGCAGGAUAGACUUCGCCUUGGCCACUUUACUACUGUACGGCAUGGGGCUUCUUUCACUGAACAGUGGACAGAUGGUUUUGCAUUUCAAAACCUUGUUAAGCAACAAGAAUGGAUAAAUCAGCAACGUGAAGACAUAGAAAGACAAAGAAAGCUUUUAGCCAAGAGAAAACCACCAACAGCAAAUAGCUCUCAGACACCAACUGCUAACACUGAGCCAAAGCAAAGGAAAACUAAAGCUGUGAAUGGGGCAGAAAAUGACCCAUUUUUAAAACCCAGCCUGCCACAACUAUUAACAGUGGCAGAGUAUCAUGAACAGGAAGAAAUUUUCAAACUUCGAUUAGGGCACUUGAAAAAGGAAGAAGCUGAAAUUCAAGCAGAACUAGAGCGUCUUGAGAGAGUCCGAAAUCUUCAUAUACGAGAGCUGAAACGAAUCAAUAAUGAAGACAACUCUCAGUUUAAAGACCAUCCAACAUUAAAUGAUAGGUAUUUACUGUUGCAUCUCUUGGGAAGAGGAGGAUUUAGUGAAGUUUAUAAGGCGUUUGACUUGACGGAGCAGCGUUAUGCAGCAGUGAAGAUUCACCAACUUAAUAAAAACUGGAGGGAUGAGAAGAAAGAAAAUUAUCACAAACAUGCCUGUCGAGAAUAUAGGAUACAUAAGGAGCUUGAUCACCCCCGAAUAGUGAAGUUGUAUGAUUAUUUUUCACUAGACACGGAUACGUUUUGUACAGUGUUAGAGUAUUGUGAAGGAAAUGAUUUGGAUUUUUACCUGAAACAACAUAAGUUAAUGUCUGAAAAAGAAGCCAGGUCAAUUGUAAUGCAAAUAGUGAAUGCACUAAGAUAUCUGAAUGAAAUUAAGCCACCUAUAAUACACUAUGAUCUAAAACCAGGCAACAUUCUUCUGGUGGACGGAACUGCUUGUGGAGAAAUUAAAAUCACAGACUUUGGUUUGUCCAAAAUAAUGGAUGAUGACAAUUAUGGAGUCGACGGUAUGGAUUUGACAUCUCAGGGAGCAGGCACUUACUGGUAUUUGCCUCCCGAGUGUUUUGUAGUUGGAAAAGAACCACCUAAAAUCUCAAACAAAGUUGAUGUUUGGUCAGUAGGAGUAAUUUUUUUCCAAUGUCUGUAUGGUAGAAAGCCAUUUGGUCACAACCAAUCUCAACAGGACAUUUUGCAAGAAAACACAAUAUUGAAAGCUACAGAAGUUCAGUUUCCUGUGAAACCUGUUGUUAGUAAUGAAGCUAAGGCCUUUAUAAGGCGAUGUUUGGCAUAUCGAAAGGAAGAUCGAUUUGAUGUGCACCAACUGGCAAAUGAUUCAUAUCUUCUUCCUCACAUGAGGAGAUCUAAUUCUUCAGGAAAUUUACACAUGGUGGGACCUGUUCCUCCAAUACCUCCCACUUCAAGUAUUGUUUCCUACUGAAGCUUUUGCAGUCUGCUUAAGUCUGUUGCAGUGUCUCUAGUAGCUUCCUCCUGUCAGACUUGGAGAAUGGAUUCUUGUCAGUCAAGGAAUGUGAACACAUUUGAAGAGACCGCAGAGUACUGAGAGUUGCUACCUUCAUUUUGUGUGCAUCUUUAGUCUGAUAAGCGAGGGAAGUGGAACAACAAUACAUGUCUCCUGAGUGGCUUGGGCUGUACUUUAAAUGGUUUCAAUAUGUUCUGAAGAAGGAAGAAAAUAGACUGAUGUGUAAUGAGGAGGCUUACACUUACAGAGGUUAAAAGAUCGGCCAUUAAAUUGGUUAUCUUGAUCAGAAGAGAGUUUGGUUUUGAGUGUUAAACAUUGGAACAAGAGAGGAGCAAGAAGGGUGAAACUACAGCCUAACCUUUUGAUGCAGGCUGUUCAAGGCUUGUUUGAAAUAUUGCAGAAAGUACUUUUUAUAAGAUUUUUAUUUAACAGACUAUUCUUAGAUUGACUGUGUAAUUUUAGCUCAAUAAUAUUUUCCAAAAAAAAGACAAACAAAAAGCCAGGGGAACUCUCCAUUGGCAUCUGAAAUGGUUUGUAAAGAGAAGAAAAUGAAAAUAAUAAAAUUCAAGUCGCCAUGGGAAUGGUAUGAAAGAGUACUGUAAUGUAGUUGAUUAAAUGGCAUUAUGUAUACCCAAACAGGGUCAUAUGCAGAAUGCACAAAACAUAACCAAAAUGUAGGCAAAAAGUAUUGUAUAGCAAUUUGUUCAGGACAUUUUUAAUAUUUGGGUGGGGAAAGACGUACAAUACAGCAGGAAAAAAAUCCCUUCUAUCAUAGUUGUAUAUUGUUGUACAGUUGUCCUUUUCUGUUGUUCUUUUCAUUUCAGCAGUUGAUUAUAACAAUUGUUUAAAACAAUGUUUUUUCAUACUAAACCUUGUAAUUUUUUGUCCUGAAAUGUUUUUCUUCACAUUUGCUGCUAUUAUGUGCUUCUACCUUGAAGGUUAUAUGAUCCGUUCAUAGUACAGAUUGUACUGUACAAUUUUUAAUUUUAUCUAUUACGAAAAAAAUGUCGAAGCAUGUUGCUGUUAAUCAUUGUUAGACGAGAAGCAGCAUUCAGACUACAAAGCCAGUAAAUGUUUGGCAAAUGAGCAACUGUUUGCGAAGCAGGUCAUUACCGUGUGGAGGGACGUUGCUUACAUUAAAACUUGAAGGUGUUAAACAUCUUGUUAAAAUUUGAAAAGCAAAAUUUAGUCUUACGUUACCAGUGUGUUAUUCUAACUGAUUCUCUCUAGACUCAAAUGUCAAACAUACUGUCUUGUUAAUCCAUUUCAGAUAAUUGGUUCGAGCUCUGUCUGGUCAAUAAAAUUCCCUGAUUAGUGUGAUGAACAUGAUAAAAUUAA